CAAUAAUUCAUAGUUCAUUUAGGAAAGACGCUUGUCUUGCUGCUGCACGCUCCCCAAAGGAUAAAGGACAAUUUAAUUCAAUAGCUAUAUUUUGGACAACUAUAAAACAUGGCUAAUGUAGAAUCUAUGAUUGUGGAAGAGAAGCCCCAAAUUAAACAAAUUGACCGUGAAAAGACAUGUCCAUUGCUUUUGCGAGUGUUUUGCUCGACGGGGCGACAUCAUUCGGUGUCCGAAUAUAUGUAUGGAAAUGUUCCUACCAAUGAACUACAGAUCUAUACAUGGAUGGAUGCUUCACUGCAUGAACUGACCUCAUUGGUGCGCGACGUCAACCCCGACACUCGCAAGAAAGGAACUUACUUUGAUUUUGCUGUUGUGUAUCCUAAUUUUCGUAAUAACCACUUUCAAAUGCGAGAAAUCGGCGUAACAUGUACUGGACAAAAGGGUGCCGACGACAACAAGACAUUAGCUCAGGCGAAAUUUUGCAUCGGCGACUUUCUGGAUAUUUCCAUCACGCCACCAAAUCGACUACCACCCAUUAGACGCCAAAGACCGUACUAGUGCUACGCCAAAAUUGAAUUUCCCUUCAUUUCAUUCUUGCAGAUUAUGUAAAACAACAACUCAAUACAGCUGUGUGUCUGCCUGCCUGUCAAUCAGUAACUAAUCAAUCCAUCAAUAAACUAGUCGUAAGGAAUACAAUAAUUAUCAUAUCAUUUAAUUUAUUGUUGAAGGUACGAUUUCAACAUCUGAAUGCGAACAAUUUGUAUGGUAAUGGUAAGACUUUGUAUGUUCUAUAAAAUAAUAAAACCUAAACAUUACAAGAUA